AUGGCAUGGCGUCACAAGGCGGUGGUUCCGGGGGCAAAGGCUCUCGGCAUCAUCUCCUUUGACGCUGGAAAAACCAUGUGCCGCCUCAUCUCCCUCUACCACUCUCUCUCCGACGAAGAAAUCGCCAAGCUCAACCGCGAGGUGAUCAAGUCGAAAGGUAUAACCUACUUGAAUUCCCAACAUGAAUGCUUCCUCCUCAACCUGGCCGCCGCGGAGCGCCUGGAAGAGCUUGACACGGUUGCCGACAGCGUCUCUCGGCUCGGCCGGAAAUGCUUCGACCGCAGCCUCGGAAGCUUUGACCUUGUUUAUGCCGAUCUAAAGCUCGGCCUUAUCGAUCUCCGGAAGUUAGGUUAUGGUUCGCGUAACAGUCUUAAGAUCAUCUCCAAAAUGGAGAAACUUGUUUCUUCUACCAGGAAUCUCUACAUGGCCAUGGAAUCCAUGGCGGUACUAGAAAAUUCAGAGAAGAAGAGACAAAGAUUGAAGACUAAUGAUUAUAACAACUGGUCGAAACAAAACUUGGAUUACUUGAAUGAGGAGAUAGCAUGUUGUAGAAAACAAGUGCAGCAUUAUAAGGAAGUUUCGUUAUGGAAUCAAACAUUGGACAAAACCGUUGGAAUCAUGGCUAAGGUAGUUUGCAUUGUCUACGCUAGAAUUUGUUCUGUUUUUGGAGGGUACAUUGCUAACUGCAGCUGCUAUAAUAUAAAUGGUGAUGGUGACAAUGAAAACAAUAAUUGUUGCUGUCUCUUGGAACACCGUGAGUUGUACAAGAAGAAUUAUUGUCUGUACGAGGAAUCACUUCACAAGCGUGUCUCAAGAUCGGGUCCAAUUCCAAAGGCUAAUAGCAACAAAACCGGUGUAAUUCGUUUCUUGAACCGUGAAUUUGAUAGGCCAACGAAUGGCGUUAACAAUAGGGUUUUGCGGCUGGCGCCGCCGUCGACGGUGGGUGGGGCGGGGCUUGCGGCGAGGUACGCAGAGGUGGUUUUGCUUGCGGAGCAGUGGCUGCACGCGCCGGCGAUUGUGGGGGAGGACGCGCGGGAGGCGUUUUACGGGAUGUUGCCGGAGAGAGUGAGACGAAAGGUGGCGGCGAAGCUGAAGGGGAGGUGGCGGAGGGAAGAGGAGGAGGAGGCGCUGGCGGAAGGGUGGCGGGACGCGGUGGAGGAGCUCCUGGAGUGGCUAUCGCCAGUGGCGCAUGACACAGUGCGGUGGCAGGCGGAGAGGAGCAUGGAGACGGCGAAGUUUGAGGCGAAGACGACGGCGCUGCUGCUGCAGACGCUGCAUUACUCCGACUUGGAGAAGGCGGAAGCCGCCAUUGUGGAGGUGUUGGUGGGUUUGAGUUGCAUAUAUUGGUGUGAGAGAACACGAAAUAAAAAAAACAAGAGAAAUUAUUGCUGGUCCUAG